UGUGAAAAUAUCAGCGGUUCGGACGAUAUUCACUGAUGGACACUUUUCCAUUACAGGAUAUUGCAGCAUGAAGAAGGAGCAAGUUGUUAACUGUCAGUUUUCGGUUUGGUAUCCGAUAUUCAAGAAACAUACUAUUAAAAGUCUUAUUCUCCCACUGCCUCAGAAUGUAAUAGAAUAUUUACUGGACGAUGGGACACUGGUAGUCUCUGGGAGUGACCACAGCACACAACAAACACACACUAACAACAACAACUCUGAUGCAGAGGAAGACAUUCAGUGGUCAGAUGAUGAGACAACCACCACUGUCACAGCUCCUGAGUUCCCAGAAUUCACCUCUAAAGUGCUAGAGGCAAUAAAUGCCCUGGGUGGCCGUGUCUUUCCCAAACUCAACUGGAGUGCUCCUCGGGAUGCUAAUUGGAUUGCUCUGAACAGCUCCUUGCAGUGUCACAGCCUCAGUGAUAUAUUCCUGCUCUUUAAAAGUUCAGAUUUCGUCACCCACGACCUCACACAGCCAUUUCUUCAGUGUAGUGACAAGGACUCUCCAGAUCCUGUCAUCAACUAUGAGCUGGUCCUGAGGAAGUGGAGCGAGCUAAUUCCUGGUGGAGAGUUCCGCUGCUUCGUCAAAGAAAACAAACUGAUCGCGAUUUCUCAGAGAGACUACACUCAGUAUUACCAGCACGUCCUGAAGCAGGAGGAGCAGAUCAGUCAGGCCAUACAGGACUUCUUCAGCCAGCACAUCCAGUACAAUUUCCUUGACGAAGACUUUGUGUUUGAUGUCUACAGGGACAGCCAGGGGAGGGUGUGGCUGAUUGAUCUGAACCCAUUUGGAGAGGUGACAGACUCUCUGCUGUUCAGCUGGGAGGAGCUGACAUCUGGAGGAGACGUCUCCCAACAGCAGGAGGCUCCGGCGUUCCGCCACACCACCAGUGAGGUGACGGUGCAGCCCAGUCCGUGUCUGAGCUACAGAAUCCCAAGAGAUUUUGCAGACCUCUCAACCGGAGAAGACGCUUACAAACUCAUCGACUUCCUCAAACUGAAGAAAAGCCAGCAGGAAGAGUCUGAGGAGGAGGAGGAGGAAGAAGAGGAGAAUGCUCCACAGUGAAACAGUUGCCCUGAAACCUGAAAAAUAGCUGCUAGUGUACGAAGAAUCUCCAUAUAUAAUGCUUUCUGCAUGAAGUGACUCUUUACCCUCUGUUCCUCUGUUCUCUUUGAGCUUUCUUGUUGAAAACUAUCACCAAGUUUCUCCUUUUGCUCCACUGGUAACCGUGUGUGUUGUAUCUGAGGCGUCUUAAUGAGUUUUUUUUAAUCAUGGCGUUAAAUUAACACAUUGUGUUUUAGGCUAUUAAGGGUUCAUUUUCUGUCACUGUUUUCUCUUCAUCUAACACCGCAGAGAAGCCUCAGAAGUCUCGUAAAGUUUUGGUGUAAUAUUCUAAGAGGGAAGAAAAACAACACAAUUUCAUAACUGUGUAUUUGCUGAUACGUCUUAAUUUCUGCACAACUCUUCCUGGAUUUAAAUCGCACAAAUGUCAGUGUAACUGUGCUGAGUGUUGUGUGUCAUUAUGAGGCGGUGAAAGACUUCCCUAUUUAACACUUAAGCUGUUUAUGACUUGGCUACAUUGAAUUUUCUUUCCUUCGCCGCCGUCCUUGCCUCUCAAUCUCCCACUACCAAUUUCCUCUGAGCACUUUUGACACACUCAUUGCUCCGAGUCGCUCCGGGCACUGCUCUCAAGUCCUGUUUUCCCAUCAUGCAUUGCUGUACAAAAAAAAAUCCACACCAUUAAAUUUCUUUGUCAUGUA